AGAUAACUCUAACUACUUAAGAAGGGCGGGUCGUGUAGGUUCGCAACAGCACCAGUUUGAUAGUUGUUUGCCAUGUUCUCUGUCUUUAGGCUACUUGUAGAUUGGUGGCACAAUUUGGCCUUAUGGACCCUCUUCACGCUUACAAAGACGAUAGAACGUGUCAUACUAUAUGGUGCGUUCGCCUCAUUUUUAGCAUGGCUUGCAGUUGUGUUUUAUGCCACUUUUUACCACAUCUACGUGCCAUCUGCAUCUCUGGCACGAUCAGCACACUUCAAGUUUAGAGUUUGUCCAUCUGGAGUUGGCAUGUGUUCCUUUCCCAUGGCAAAUGUCACACUGUCUGAGGAGGGAAGGGCAGAGGUUCUGGGCAGAGGUCAGCAGUAUCGCAUUUCCUUUGAUCUGGAAGUUCCUGAUUCAAUGACAAACAGAGAUUUAGGUACAUUUAUGAUCAUCAUGAGAGUGUAUGACAGAUUUGGCAACAUCAUACAAGAAUCAUCUAGGGCAACAGCUUUGCGUUACCAGUCUAACCUGCUGCAGACCAUACAGACAGUGUCUUUGUCUCCCCUCUAUUUACUUGGUUUCUUCGAACAGAAACAAAUCCUGAGCAUAGAACUCUUUGAUAAAUUUUGGGAUGAUGUGUACCAUCCAGCAGUAGGAGCACUGGUCGAAAUCCAUAGCAGGCAACUGGAAUUUUAUUCUGGUCAACUUAAGUUCCAUGCUGUGUACAAGGGUCUAAGAUAUUACCUCUUUUUCUGGCCAUUCACAAGUGCUUUAAUAGGAAUAACCUUCAAUUUUUUGUGGCUGUCUUUGGUAUCACUACUUUCCUGGUAUAAGAUUAACACACAGAACACACAAAUGCUGGAGGAGCCUGAGAAGCAGGAACUAACAUAUCAAGCAAGGAAGGAGCGUUUAGGCGUUCUACUGAAAGAGGACAAAAAAUCGGAAAAGGAUAUGCAGAAAGGUUACAUUCAGCAGUUUACAAUGACACCUACUUCAAGACCAGCUAAAACUGUAGGUAAAAUGUCUUUAAAUUUUAAGGAAUCAGAAGAUUCACCUGGGGAAGAUUUUUACAAGGUAGAAGAUUCUGUGCAAGAAGUGGACAAAGAACAAACCUUUCAGCUUCGACAAAGAUAUUCUUUUGAUGAAGUGCAAAGUAUUGCUGAGAACAUAAAGAGCCAUACCAAGAUCCAGCCAAAGAUUGGUAUAGUUUGUGGCUCAGGGCUAGGAGAUUUAGCUAACCAUGUAACUAAUUCUGAUACCAUCUGCUAUUCUCAAAUUCCCAAGUUUCCUGUUAGCACAGUUCCUGGACAUGAUGGAAAGCUAGUAUUUGGGUUGCUGGGGGGCAAGCCAGUAGUGUUGAUGAGAGGACGUAUUCACUACUAUGAGGGUCAUCCAAUGUGGCGAGUUGCCGUCCCAGUUCGUAUAAUGAAGGCGCUGGGUAUCACAACUGUGAUUCUCACUAAUGCUGCUGGUGGGCUGAACCCCGAAUAUAAGACAGGGGACAUCAUGAUCAUCAAGGAUCACAUUGACCUUCCUGGUCUCACUGGAGAGUGUGUUCUUAUUGGCAAAAAUGAUGAAAGAUUUGGUCCACGAUUUCCAGCAACAGUAAAUACAUAUGAUCAGAGCCUGCAAGACUUAGCUAAAACCAUUGCCGAGAAACUUGGCUAUGCCAAAAUUUUACGACAGGGAACAUAUGUCAUGGUUGGAGGCCCCACAUUUGAAACUGUUGCAGAAUCUCGUUUGCUUCGACUGUUUGGAGCUGAUGCAGUUGGUAUGAGCACAGUGCCAGAAGCAAUUGUAGCCAGACAUUGUGGUCUGCGAGUCUUUGGCAUUUCCCUUAUUACUGAUAUGUGCCCACAAGAUUAUAAUGUUUCUCGGGCUACAACCCAUGAAGAAGUAUUACUAGUAGGGGAGAGGCGAGCCAAAGAUCUCCAGAAACUUGUAACUUCUUUAGUAGAACAGAUGAAUGAUUAAAAUCAAAGCACAACAUAAGCUUUGUAGCAACUUCUGAGCAAUGGGCUGACCUGUUCUUCCUAAUAAUUGUCUGCCUUUAGUGCAUCCCCAGAGAGCUUUUUGAUUAUUUUUCUUAUUUAUUGUGUUAAAGAAUAAUCAAGAACAAUUCUUAAAUAAAACUGGCUAGACAGAGUAAGAAGUAUUAUUGAAAAAAAUGAAUUUAAAUGUUGUUCAACAGAAUGUUGACCUUGUUGUGAUGAUUAAAUUUAAAGUUAUUGAGAGGAUAUAAUGUUCAAGAUUUAACACCUAAAAGUUCUCAGGUUCAAGGCUAUCUGUGACUGAAAAAUCACACUGUCCUUAAAGUAGGAUACCUAAUCUGUAAAAGGAGGUAAAGGGGUUGGAAGGAGAGGGUUAAGCUUCUCUCUCCUCAUGAUGUGCCCUUUAAAGACAAGGGUAAUCCAUAAGAGUUGACUGAGCCUACAGCUGCAAAGCUAUGGGACUUAUUCCUUUUUCCGUAAGACGUAUCUCAUAAAUUUACCUUUACACACAUUUUUAGAUAUUUGUCACAAAGCAUUUGAGUAAAAUUUGCUCAAAAUCAGUAUUAAUUGAGAAAGUGAGUGGAGAUCUUCUGUGGAAGCACUGAAGUUAGCAUCCUAACAAAGAACAAGUGAACAGUUUUAUUUGGUUAACAGAGAGAAUAUGACAACACACUUUUUAUAUGUAUGUGCUUUAAGCCCCUGCUACCUCUUUGCUUUAGACUUUGCUAUAAUUAUAUUUUUUUCCAUUUACUAAAAAAAAACUUGUGUAUGCUUC